AUAAUUAUUAUAAAUAUGGAAUCUUACUUGGACGAAGUAAACAACAACAGAAAUAUGGGUAUAACAACACUACUGUAAAAUACAAAUUAACAUUUCCAAGUAUUCAAUUUUAAGGAAGAUAGUGUCAAAAACCGGAAUUUGGAUCAAAUAACUUCACUUAAAUUACAAGCUCCUAUGUUUGUAAACCGUUUGUGUAUGUUGGGUACUUAUGUACCUAAUUUGGUGGAGCUUGAUUUAACAGACAGUUUUCUUCCGUCAUUCAGAGAUUUUGCAUUUAAACUUGAUAAUUUGAAAAUCCUAAAAGUAGCCUCCUGCCACCUAAAAUCAUUGGAUGGAGUUUGGAACAUACCAAACUUGGAAGAGUUAUUUGCUUCUGACAAUGAUAUCAAUGACCUAAUGCUAUGCUCUACACUGGUUAAACUCAUCACUCUAGACUUAUCUAGAAAUAAGAUCAUGGAUUUGACAAGAUUACACUUCUUAAACUUUUGCGAACAAUUACAAAGUUUAUCUUUAUCAGGGUGUCCAGUGGCUAAAGUUGAAGAUUUUGAGAAAAAUGUCCGCAAUAUUUUACCAAACUUGAAUCAUUUGAAUGGAAAUAAAACUUUGGAAAUAGAACAAGUUAAACCCAAAUUGACCAUUGAAUCAAUAGUUUGUGGAAAUAUAACUGCUGCAUUACGAAGUAAAAAAACUAACUACAGUGGAAAUAAGGAUAUACAAUUUGGAAAUGGACAAAAAGUAUUGAAUGAUGAAAAAAAGUAAUUAAAUAAUAUAGGACAAUUUUUAAUUACAAAACUAGUUUAACAUUA